GCUGGAGCCCAAGGGUUAAUAAUUCUGUGGCAGCACAUAGAGCUAUUUUUUCCCCAUUUCUCUUCUGCUAGGUGUGAGUGUGUAGCGUGGCUCAGCUGGCUGCUGCCUUUCUUCCAGUAAAUAGCUGCACCUUCCUCCUUACCUCUUCCUAAGCAGAGCACAUGUCUCCAUAGUACUCCGGAGGGGGGUGAUCAGGAUUGUUUAGGGAAGAGAGAGCCUUUCAAAGUUCCACGCAGCAGUCUCUCCUUGCCACUGGGGAUGGGCACAGCUCCAGCUGCUCUGACCCGAAGAGGUCCCACUGGAUGAAUUGCUAAACGGCCACCUGCUUCUGAGCAUUGUUCAACCUUGUGGGAUCCUCGCAACCGGGAGGUAGAAAAAGACAGCAGCAGCCGACUUGCGUGGGACUCCCCUGGCUCUUGUGCCUGAGACCCUACCACUCCCUCUGCCUGGCAGCCUGUGUUUUGGACCUCACCGAGACAGUCUGAGUAGGAACAAGCCAUCUCAUCAUUCACAGCCAUGAAUUUCCUCCGGCGACGCCUCUCUGACAGCAGCUUUGUGGCCAACCUGCCGAACGGCUACAUGACAGACCUCCAGCGCCCAGACAGCUCCACCAGCUCCCCUGCAUCCCCAGCCAUGGAGAGGAGGCACCCCCAGCCCCUGGCAGCCUCCUUCUCCUCUCCAGGAUCCAGCCUUUUUAGCUCCUUCUCCAGUGCCAUGAAGCAGACCUCACAGGCCCCCUUGGGGCCGAUGGAGUCUCCAGGUCCCUCCACGCCUGUUGUUCAAAGGCCCAGGAUCCUGCUGGUGAUCGAUGAUGCCCACACAGACUGGGCCAAGUAUUUCCAUGGAAAGAAGGUGAAUGGAGAGAUUGAGAUCCGAGUGGAACAGGCUGAAUUCUCAGAGUUGAAUCUAGCUGCCUAUGUUACUGGGGGCUGUAUGGUGGACAUGCAGGUUGUGAGAAAUGGGACCAAGGUUGUGAGAUCCUUCAAGCCGGACUUCAUCCUUGUCCGCCAGCAUGCCUACAGCAUGGCCCUGGGUGAAGACUACCGCAGCCUGGUCAUCGGCCUCCAGUAUGGAGGGCUGCCUGCCGUCAACUCCCUCUACUCCGUCUACAACUUCUGCAGCAAGCCCUGGGUGUUCUCUCAACUCAUUAAGAUCUUCCAUUCCCUGGGUCCUGAGAAGUUCCCGCUUGUGGAGCAAACGUUUUUCCCCAACCAUAAGCCAAUGCUCACAGCCCCACACUUCCCUGUGGUGGUCAAGCUGGGACACGCCCACGCCGGAAUGGGAAAGAUCAAAGUAGAAAACCAGCAUGACUACCAGGACAUCACCAGCAUGGUGGCCAUGGCCAAAACCUACGCCACCACCGAGGCCUUCAUCGACUCCAAGUACGACAUCCGCAUCCAGAAAAUUGGAUCCAACUACAAAGCUUACAUGAGAACCUCCAUCUCUGGAAACUGGAAGGCCAACACAGGCUCUGCUAUGCUGGAGCAGGUGGCCAUGACAGAGAGGUACAGGCUGUGGGUGGACAGCUGCUCAGAGAUGUUUGGUGGCCUGGACAUCUGCGCCGUCAAGGCUGUCCACAGCAAGGAUGGCAGAGACUACAUCAUUGAGGUGAUGGACAGCUCCAUGCCCCUGAUUGGAGAGCACCUGGAAGAGGACAAACAGCUGAUGGCCGAUCUCGUUGUCUCCAAAAUGAGCCAACUCCCGAUGCCAGGGGGCACGGCGCCCUCGCCCCUGAGGCCUUGGACUCCUCAGACUAAACCAGCAAAACCCCCUGGGCAAGCCCAGCUUGGACCUCCUCUCGGACAGCCUCAGCCACGGACACCCACACAAGGGGGCCCUCGCCAAGCUCAGUCUCCUCAGCCCCCGAGAUCUGGAAGCCCCUCGCAACAGAGGCUCUCCCCACAAGGCCAGCAACCCCUGAGUCCCUCAUCUGGAUCUCCACAGCAGCAGAGGUCACCAGGCUCUCCACAGCUAUCCCGCACAUCUGGAGGCAGCUCUCCAAACCAGGUCUCCAAGCCAGGCACCACCCUUACCUCACAGCCCCGGCCCCCCAUGCAGAGCCGCAGCACCUCCCAACAGGGUGAAGAGUCCAAGAAACCAGCAGCACCCCACCCCCAUCUCAACAAAUCCCAGUCCCUGACUAACAGCCUCAGCACGUCUGACGCCUCCCAGCGUGGGACCCCAAGUGAAGACGAGGCCAAGGCCGAGACCAUCCGCAACCUGAGGAAGUCUUUCGCCAGCCUGUUCUCUGACUAACCCUGUCCAGGCCGGGAGGGGGGUGCCCCGUUACACUCCCCCCUCUCCUGCCCCAUCCUCCAUCUCAGCCUUGGUUCCUGACGGGAACAGAAUGGAGGGCCUGAGAAUAUACUUUCCAAAUGCCUUUGGUCCAGGAACUGAGUGUCUACAUGUGUUCCCACUUUCCUUUGCCAUGACGUUCCAGCAUUGCCCGACUGAGGGGUGGGCCUUUGAGAGCCUCCAGGUUCCUCAAAACGGGCCUUAAAGACAGGCAUCUCGUCAACCUUCCUACCCAGAUGCUUGCUUCCCUGCCUCAGAUAACCACGUGAGAUGUCUGUGUGUGGCUAGUUUUGACAUUUCUUGUUAGUGUUUUGCUUGCCUUUGGGAAGGGCCCCCUCUGAGCCUUGCCCCACCUCCAUCAAAUGCAGACGCUGAAGUCAGACCUCAGCAACGUAGGAGGCAAUAAACUUUUGACAGUGUUUUGCAAACAAAAGGACAAAAGCGCAGCCAGGGGAACCUACCACCUACCCUUGCAAGUCCCAUCCAAGCUCAAGAGAUGGCCCUGCAGACCAGACAGGCGAAGCCCCAUCACACCCACCACCAGUGGACCUUGAGGACCAUGGAAAGAAUUCAGAGGCUGCGUGGCCCGUGGGGCCUUUCAGAACACAACAGAAACAGAGGGGAGGCUUUACAAUGUCGCUCGUGCCCAGAGUGCUAUCCUAAAUUGGACAGCCAAGAGCAGACCAUGGGUUCUUUUAGGAAUCAUCACUAGUUCCCAGAGGGGGAAUAUGCCCUCCACUUCCCAAGGAAGGAGUUAGGUUAGGGCCUCUCUACCCAUUCCGUGUUACACCACCAUUUGGUCUGUGAACUCCUACCAGGAAUGUUGUUUUCUCCUCAAGGACAUACAAGGAGCCAGAGACAACGAGCAGAUGGAUGACACAGGAUCAGAAAGUGCAGUGACAGUAACUUCUAGCUCGGCGUUUUGCAGGCAGUGUACAGCAAGGCACUGGAAGGUUAGUUAUAAAAGGGUUCACCGGUCAAACGUGUUUAGGAAACACUGUUUUUUGUUUGUUUCUUUUCUGAGAUUGAUAGUACGUAUCAAAGGCUCUUGGAAUUCCUGCAGUAAAGAAAUUAGCUUUAACUUUGUUUAACCCACACUUAUUUGACUAAACCAGUUAACUGCAGAGCUGGAAAAUGUAACCCUGACUCCCUUCCCAAUGCUUUCUCCUACAUCAGGCUCCUGUCAUGAUUAGAUGGGGUGCAGGGGUGUCCCAAAUCUCCAAGCACCUGGUGCUAGAAACAUUGUAGGUGCCAGACCAGCCUCCUGGCUCCAAAGAGCCGAGGAGAAUCCAACAUAGCCAUGCUAUCCCCUCACAGCCCACUUUGCAACUUGAGGCACGUCUUCCCCUCACCGUUCAUAGGGAAGGGGGAGAGGGAAGUAAAAAUGAAAGCGUCCUUGGCCUGGCGCUGCAUUCUGAAUAAAAGAGUGCAGAAAACUAUCGGGCAGGACGUAACACCACAAAGCCACGUGUUUUAGAAGAUUGAGAACACAGGAAGUACGUGAGGCGACCGUCACUCUUCUACACUGGAAAUUAAGAUUGGAAGAAAAAAUCAAACUAUCUCACCCAAUUCUCAGUAAUAAAACACAGCCCAAAAUACACAACAAAGUGGUGAUAGGCUAGACAAAGUUUCUCAAAGCAUGAGACAUGGCCAAUGUGCAUAGCUAGCUUCAUUUCAGACCAAAGGAUUCAGAAUUUCUGGUCAUAAGGCCCAGAACCUGUAUCUUUGUCAAUCUCCCUAAGUAUUUUGAAUGCACGUUGAAGUUAGACCAGCAGCCCUGCCCUGAGCUGUGUGGAGAAGGUGAGAAACAGUACCGGUGUGGAAGCGUCACAGCCAGGGCCCACUCCUUGGGUGAGCACAGCUAGUGGCUCCAUAAACCGUGAUUACAUGGCUUAACUUUUCCCACUUUCCCAUAUUCUGUCCCUUGUCCCUGAAAACAUCCCAACAUUCAAACCAUAUUUCCCAGAUAUUCCAGUAGAAUAUCAAACUCAUUUCUCAGGCCAGGCAUCCUUGUUUUUAUAACCAUGCACAGAAGAUUCCAUGACAUGAGACAAGUUUAUAACCAACACAUGGCAAUAAAUUUUCCCAUCAGUCUGUGUAUGAGUACAGAGACCAAGAAUGGUCCUUUGGAGACCGUUGAUCCCCAAAAUGGACUGUUUUCUCACAUAGGCUAGCACAUGUUCCCUCCAAGCAUUUAACCUUUAAUAAUUGUGAUAUUUUUUAAUGGGAAAGAACAAAAUGAAAGGGGGAAGGGAGUCACUCUGUAGAGAGUCUGAAAGGUUGUGUUUGUUAUUUUUUGCUCUGUUUCACAACCUUGGCCCAAAGAAAGACUAGCAUUUUCCGUCCAAGGUGACUUGGUGAGGCUGAAACAUGACAAAGAUCCAUUUGGUUGUGCUGACAUGUAGCACAAUGAAGAGAGAAUUUCCAAUGCAGCCUCAGUAGACACCUCCACCAGCCGGAGAAAAUAUCUUCUUCCAGAUCGUCCUCCUAACAGCAUGAUAAAAGGGUACUGUCAUCUAAUUGUCAAAUCAGCUUUCGAGGGAUACUGGAAUCUGCGUAUCCUUUCUCUUGCAUUAAUCCUCUGGGUCCUCUUCAUCAUUACCACACUGGCCCCCCCGUUCAGUCCCUGCUGAUGGAGCAGUUAGUUCUACCAUUCCAGAAUUUCAGGGGUUAUAGGCCUUCAUUCCCAUGGUAACAAAUACAGUAGCAAAUCCCAUGAGCCUGAACUUCAACUACCUUCUGGAAGUUCUCAUCUGAAUUUGCAGUGGAAGGAGCUCGAGGGGAAAGCAAGCCAGUGCCGGCAUCUCGUGAACGAGCUACGUGGGCACAGCGCAGCGCACGCCUUGUUCGGCACGCGGUGUGUAGGAUGUGUGUUAGGUUGGCCCUCCUAGAAAACUAUGAAAUUAACAAAAUGUAAACAAAAUGUUAAGAGAAAAGAAAAAGGCUGUUUUUCUACCAGUAUCAAUGUGAGGAAAUCACUUGCCCAGGAAGAGAAUCAAACCAACAGAGAGAUUGGUAAGAAGCUGAAGAGAAUCUGUGGCCGCUUUUUAACCUACGGGAGAAAGCAGAGCAGAAGGCUGAGACCUCCCCCGUGGUGAGCGUGGCCCACACAGGUGAGUUGACUGCGGGGCCACUGAGGCUGGGAGCUGAAGGGACCAGGUGCCACUGUCAGCAUCAGUCAGGAGGUGCAGCGAGCAGACCAGGACAAUACGAAGGCUUGUCCAGCAAAGACCCUGGGGUCCCAUCCAGACCACACAGCAGGCCACAGCAGAGCCCAGCUCGAGCCAUCCUGCAGGCACACAGUGUUCUUUCAGAGCCCUGCCCCUCCCAGUGCCUCAUUCAACUUCAUAGAACAAGUUGGUGGCUCAUUUGGUUUUGUGUGUUUAGAAUCUGUGAAAGGAUGCAAGUUAGAGUCCCAGUGUAAGCGAGUUAAGUCAGCCUCGCAGAUACAAGCAGUAACUUAAUUAUGCUGGAGGAAUAGCUCAGAGCCUAAGAGCACUUGCACAUGCAUCGCAUGGUUUUCUUUACCCAAGAGAACAAGCAGGCUGGUUGCUGACUAUCCCCCCUGAGUGUCAAAAGCUGUCCUCGACUCCAGAGCAGCCGUGGAUUAAAUUCCAUUUCAGUCUAAUAUUUACACUCUAAUAGAAGGGGGCACUUUGGGUUUGGUUGGAGACAAAUUGCAAGGUUGGGUGACAAACAAGUCAAACCAGUCCAUUAACCAAACACAAUGCAUAAAGGGCACAGAGGCUCCCUUGUGUUUCCACAGACAAAAUAUGCAGCCCCAAGAGGUGAGACUUCUAGACUGUGUUCAUGACCCUCAACUGGCAGGCCAAGAGGAAAAGAUGAAAAGUUUUUUGAAAUUUCAGUGUAUUAUUUCUUUAAGGUAAAACCAAUGUAAAACUAAACAUUCUUCUUACAAUUGUGUGUGUGUGUGUGUGUGUGUGAGAGAGAGAGAGAGAGAGAGAGAGAGAGAGAGAGAAUUCUUUAAAAUCCUAAAUACGUUUCAUUAUGUCUAUUCUGCUUGGUCCUCCUGCUUUAAUUCCAAUUUCCAAACUCCAUAUUUUAAGUAUCUGCUCUGUGGUCUUUUGUUGAGUUUAGAGCAGAAGCCAGUUGACAUCUCCUUGCCUCUCAAUUAGCAUUUUACCUGUUUUGCUAUGGGAUAGCAGAAACUUAAGUGCUAUAACCUAUUGGGGAAUCCCAAGAGAGCCAUUAAGUUAGUUAAGAUGAACCCUUAUGUCACAUGACCUAACUAGUACUUCCCGUAUCUGAUCUCCUACAGUCAACUGGAGGCUAUCCGAAGGAGGAUUAACCACACUCACAGCACAGUGGAGAGCUGGGACCUGCCUGGCCCCUCCCUGAGGCUCAGCUACUGCCCAGGGUAGGAGCAAGACAAGCCUUGGCUCAGGGCCCCAGGUAUAGGGAGCAGAGGGAGAGUGGAGGAAUUACAGAGAUAUUAAGCUAAACAGUGAUCUCAGGAAUUGGAGAGAGGCAAGCAAGAGUGAGAGAGGACAGACUUCAACUGUUUGUACAUAGGGAAUCACAAAAUCUUACAUUGUUAAGAGAGGAUACCUCCCAUGAUUUGAUUUCCAGCUAUGCCAAACCAGAGCUCUCAUUUAUAAAUGGCCGGGGUUGGGGGUGGGGGGGAGAAAAUCACUAAGGCUACAAGCCAGUGAUGUGGAGUGCAUCUUACACAGCAUUCUACACCAGCAGUCCCCAACCAUUUUAGUGCCAGGGACCGGUUUCAUGGAAGACAAUUUUUCCACGGACCAGGGGAGAGGGGGGAUGGUUUCAGGAUGAUUCAAGCCAUUACAUUUAUUGUGCACUUUAUUAUUAUUACAUUGUAAUGUAUAAUGAAAUAGUUACACAGCUCACCAUAAUGCAGAAUCAGUGGGAGCCCUGAGCUUGUUUUCACUUGCCACUCACUGAUAGGGUUUUGAUGUGAGCUGUAAGCAAUUGAUUUAUUAUGGUCUCUGUGCAGUCAAACCUCUCUGCUAAUGAUAAUCUGUAUUUGCAGCCACUCCCCAGCGCUAGCAUCUCCACCUCAGCUCCACCUCAGAUCAUCAGGCAUUAGAUUCUCAUAAGGAGUGGGCAACCUAGGUCCCUCACAUGCGCUGUUCACGGUAGGGUCCAUGCUCCUAUGAAAAUCGAAUGCCGCCGCUGGUCUGACAAGGUGGAGCUCAGGCGGUAAUGUGAGCGACGGGGAGCGGCUGUAAAUAGAUGAAGCUUCGCUCGCUCACCUGCCGCUCACCUCCUGCUGUGCAGCCCGGUUCCUAACAGGCCACAGACUGGUACCGGUCCAUGGCCCAGGGGUUGGGGACCCCUGCUCCACACUAUCUUCUAUCACAAUACAUCAAAGUGGUGUCAGAAAGUCACGCAGUGAACAGGCUAUGACCAAACAAUGACUUCAUUCUCAUCAUACACCAGCAACACAUAAAACUCAAGUCUCGGUCUAAUGAAAAGAAUGUAGAUUUUACAAGCUUCUGACUAUAAAGCUAGUCAAGAAGAAAAGCUUCGAUGGUGGUUUAAAGAAUUCAGAAUAAACUAUUGGGAGGACCACAAAUUUAGGUGUGUGACACACCACUGGUAUCCUAAACUGAGAGAUCUGUCACGUAGGAUAGUAAGUCCGAGGUGAGGUCGGAAAGUAGCACCUGUAUCUGCAGGACACCACCACCACUCACGAACCUCUCAAGGACCACUCGAAAAUGAAUGCAUUUUGAAAACUACUGUUUUAUAGUAUAUGGUGCUUCUGGUCAUCACUAUGUCCUUCCAUCUCCACUACACACACACACCCCACAUACAGCGCAACCUAACAUUAUAAGGCCACAGAAAGGUGUACUAGAGAACCAGGAUGUUUUUACCCAUCGAAGUUUCAGGGUGACUCUUUCAACCCAGACCCAAUUAAAGCCAUAUGGCCUCUGGUGGACACUUUUUUAAAGGCUGUCCUAUAGCUCAGAUAUUACAAAAUACCACAGGAAAAAAGAAUGUCAACAGCCCUAAUCCUUUACCUAUACAUUAAGCUACUAAAGGUGACAUGGCCUCUGGAAAAUCGUAUUAAUUGACUGAAUUUUCUACACUGUGAAGGAAAAAAGACAAUACAUAUGUAUAGCAAAGAAAAAAAAUUCAUGUGUACGAAUUCAUGUGUAGAACUCUAAACAUUCUUGUAGCACAUAGCAUUCCAAGCCAUUUCCUUAUAUGCAAAACAGAUUUUUUUAAAAGCAGGAAGACAUUGGCAAUAUUCCUAUUUUCUGCAGAUACUAACAGUGUUUUAUUCCUGUGUUGUGAUUCAGAUUUUAAUCUGUCACUAUAGCAUGUUUCCAGUAGUUGUUUAUGUGCUAAGACAUUUGUGUUUGGCCUUUUUCUUGUUGUAGGAAAAAUAAAACUUGAAAUCUGUGUAUUUUAAGUCUUAAAAGCAAAAUGUUCUUCAAAUAACGAGGAUUUCUUUGCAGAACAAGUACCUGAGCAGCACUCAAAGCAGUGUAACUUUGUUGUUAAAAUAUGUCAUCUACUUAGAUUACAAAUUAGGCUCCAAGCACUCAAAACACAAGGAAAAAGAAGCUAUAACUCCACUCCAGAAGAAGCCAGAAACGAGUCCCUAACAACCCAAUGGUGGCCAAACAGUGCUGCUUCAGAGCCCAGAUUGUUUCAGCACAGAGCCUGAGGAGCAGCUGCUGAGAGAGGGAGGAGGUGGACUGAGCUAGGUGUCCAAAGCACUCACUCCAUGUCCAGUUCAACCAAACUAGCUCUGCUUGUAUUCAUUCCACAAACCAGGCUUCUGUGAACGAUUUCAGGUGAAGAAAAGAGUGCCACUACAAAAAUAAUAAUCAUCUCCUGCAACAAUCUGAUGACACCGAGUAAGUCCUCUGAUCAUUCUGAAAUGUCCCAAGUCAUGCUGUAAAGCUGUUCUGAAUAUUUAUUACAUAUCUUUCGUUAAUAAAAGUCAAGACUGCCGUGU